UUAUAUAUAGACACAUAAAUCAAUUCUAUAAAUCACCUCGAUAACAUAAAAACACUUGCCGGAAAAAAUGUCGCAUCUGUUGGACAAAGCUAAGAACUAUGUGUCGGAAAAGCUGGCGGAGAUGAAGAAGCCGGAGGCGGAGGUGCUCGACGUUGAUCUCACCGACGUUAGCCGGAGUUGUAUCACUUAUGAUGCCAAAGUCUCCGUCACUAAUCCUUACAGUACUUCGGUUCCUAUCUGUGACAUCACUUACUGCCUCAAGAGUAACAAUAGGGAGAUAGCAUCAGGAACCGUUCCUGACCCUGGCUCCCUCAAGGGAAAUGAUACCACAUUGCUUAAUGUGGGAUUGAAGGUGCCACACAGCGUGCUGCUGAGCUUGGCCAGGGAUAUUGGUGCUGAUUGGGACAUUGACUAUGAUCUAGCUAUCGUCCUGAUUGUGGAUCUUCCAAUUUUUGGGAAUAUAAGCAUUCCGAUCAACAGCAAGGGUGAAAUCAAGCUUCCAACCGUCUCCGACUUGUGGUCCAAAUAAUCACCAGAGUGAUGUUUAUCUGAAGUGUUCCCCACUUCCCAAGUACUUACUUUCCUUGCUGGUUUGUGCAAGGAGAGUAUGGGAACUCAUGCUUUGUAACAAUAAAUAAGAAAUAAGAAGACAAAUGACGUUUGUUUUUCAUGACAAAAUGGCAAAUUUAUGUUUUUGUUGAA